AUGAAUGUACAAAAACAAGGCAAAAUAUUAGAAGAGAAAUUAAUUUAAAAACGUAAAAAAAUAAAAAAUACUAAAAAAAUAAAAUAAAAAAAAAGUUUAAAUAAAAAAUAAAAUUAUGCAUAAAACAUAGAAAACAAAAAUAUUAAUGAUUAAAAAAAUAAAAUAGUAGGAGAAAUAAUUGCUUUAUAAUAAUUUCCAAAUAAUAAUAUAAAUAGUAACUCAAGUAGUUUUCGAGCAAAUUAAUAUGGCGAAAGAAUAAAAUUAGAUAGAGCCAAUAAAAAAAAAAUGGGAACUACAAUAAUGGCUAAUUUAACUAAAUUUAAUACUUAAGAUAAUGGUAAUACUGAAGAAGAUGAAUAAAUAAGAUAAAUAAGAGAAUACGGAGAAUUAUUAAAAGAAAUAAUAAAUUAUGGCGAAAAGAUUAUUAAUAAUAACGAACAAACUAUAAAUAUAAAAAAUGAAAUGGAAUUAAAAUAAAAAGUUAAUGAUGUACUCGAAUUAAUAUCAUAUAGAAAAGAAAGCUAAAAAAAAGAUAUAAUCGAUACGCUUACAUUAAUCUAGAAUUUCUCAAAGCAUCUUGAGGAAAGAAUAACUUUAUAAAUGAGUGUAUAGAAAAAUGAUCAAGAAAUCAAAAAUAUUCAAUAAAAUAACAGUCAUACACCUUCUUUAGGAUCUCAAAUGUUAAAAGGAAUUUCUAUGUCAUUUAAUAAAAAAUAAUAAGUAAAAGGCUUAUCUUAAGCGAAAUGUAAAUUCUAAUAAUAAUAAUAAUAACAGUAAUAGUAAUAAAAUACGCCUGAAAAAUAAAAUUCUAUAAAUGAAAUCAUGAAUAAAAUUUUAAUUCUCCUUUAAUGCUAAAAAAAGUUGAACUUAAUACAAAUUUACCUUUAUUUAAAAUUGAUGAUAUAAACAUUAAUUCUCCUAUAUAAUCAAAUAAUGAAGAAAAAAAGCCUACUCGAAUUAUUGCUAAAAAAUUCUUAAUUAUAGAAAAAUAUAGUUUCACCUAAAUUAAUUGACUUUCCUAAAUAGGUAUACUCUCCUAAAACAAUAAAAGAAGAAGAAGUAGUUGUAUAAAAUAAAAUAAAAUAAAUAGAAGAAAAAAUAAAAAAAGAUCAUGAUUAAGUCGAAGUUAUUCAUGAAGAAGAAAAUGAAUAAAUAGAUUCUCCUGCUUUUAACCCCUUAAAAACAAGAAAUUAACAGCGAAAAAUAUAAAAUAUUUUUAAUUUUUAAAAGACACAUGAACAAGAGGAAAUAAAAGAAAACACAAAAAAAUAAGAAAUAGAAAAAGAAAUUGAAUAAUAUUAAAAAAAAAAAUAAAAAACAAUUUUAUCUUUGCUCAAAAAUUUUGAUAAUAAAAAAAAAGGUACUGAAAACGAAAAUACUCCUUUUUAUGAAAAAUAAAAUAAUAUAUAAAUUUAAAAAAGUAUCGAAAAUUAAAUAAUAUAAGAAGUUUAAAGCGAUAGUUAUUCAUCUUUAUUGGAAAACCCAAACGAUUCCAGUGGAGAAGUCCUCUUAAAGAAAUUUAUUGAAGAAGAAACUUAAAAAAACAAUGAUUUAGAUAUUGAUUUGCCUCCAUAUGUUUAAUUACUUUAACAAAGAUAAGAAGAAGAAUAAAAUGUUAGAAAAAAAAGCUCGUUUUAUUACCUUUAAAAUUAAUAAGAAACAGAAGAGGAAUUAAUAUAUGAACCCCCUCCUAAACCUGUAGAAAGCUAUUAUCCUGAUAUUCCUGAUUUUUAGGCGUAUAAUAUUAUUAAUGAGAAAGGAUAUUAUAGUGACUCUGAAUUUGUUAAAUUAGAUGCCUAGAAAAAAAAAGAUUAAUUGUCAAUAGGAUUUAAAGAUUUUGAAUUUAUAAAAUUAUUAGGUUAAGGAGCUUAUGGGUAUGUUUAUUUAAAAUUAGAUAAAAAAUUCAUUGAAACCUUAAUUUCAGAAAAAAAUGUUUUCGAAUUAAUUUCAGGCGAUUGGGUAGUUAAAGCCUUUUAUUCCUUUACUCAUGAAAAUUAUAUAUGUUUUGUUCUAGAAUAUAUGAUGGGCGGUGAUUUUUGUAGAAUCUUAAAUUUAUAUACAUGUUUAGACUAAUGGAUAGCAGAAAUAUAUAUGGCUGAAUUAGUUUUGGCUAUAGAAUAUUUACAUUAAAUAAAUAUAGUGCAUAGAGAUUUAAAACCUGAUAAUAUGUUAAUUGAUUAAUCUGGCCAUUUAAAAUUAGCUGAUUUUGGUUUGUCUGAAGUCGGUUUUAAUAAUAAGUUAAAUUUACAUAAACAGAAAAAUUAAAUGGGAGAUAUAAAAGAAUUUAUUAAUAUUGAAUAAAAUAAAGAAAAUGAGUAUAUUACAGAAAUUUAAGUCGAAGGCGGAAUAAUGAAGAAAUAAUAAAAACAUGAAGAAAAAAGAAUUGUUGGUACUCCGGAUUACAUUGCUCCAGAAAUUAUUAGAGGUGAAUCUACGAAUAAUAAAUCGCUAGAUUGGUGGAGUAUGGGAAUCAUUAUGUAUGAAUUUUUAGUUGGAGUACCUCCUUUUAAUGAUGACUCAGUAGAAAAAAUAUUCGAGAAUAUCAAAAAUAUGAACAUUACAUGGCCUGAAAUAGGUGAUAUUGAAGAUGGAGAUAAAAUAUCACCUGAAGCAGCUGAUUUAAUGCAAAAAUUAUUAAAUCCGAACUAUAAAGAAAGACUAGGGGCUAAAGGAGCUGACGAAAUAAAAGCUCAUCCGUUUUUUAAAAAUAUUUAAUGGAACAAACUACGAAGUAAUAGAGCUCCAAUAAAACCAACGAGUAAAUAACUACAAGAAGCAAUUCAGAAAAGGGAAAAAGAUAAAGAAUAAAUGUAAUAAUUUAUGAAUAAAAUGAAGUGUAAAGAAGGAAUGAAAAAUAUUGAUGAAAUGGGAAAAAAACUAAAUGAGGAAUUGAAAAAUUUAGAAAGAUUGGAUUUAUUCGUUAAUAAAAAUAAUGAAGAAGCUAAUUAACUUUUGGAAGAAUAAGGAAUUAAAAUAAAUAUGGUUGAGAAAAAAAUAAUUAAAUUGAAUAAAAUAAAAGAAAAUUUAAUUUUUUAGAAUGAAUUUGAUUAAUAUCUAUGGUAUUUUGAGUUUGAUUGA